UAUUUUCAGAGGAAGGGGAUCCGACCAGAUAACGGUGUGAAAAAGUUCAUCCCUUCUUCUGUUUUCUCCUCACAUGAGAAGAAACAGGCCCGCGUGUGUUUGCCUUUGUCCCGUGUAUUUUGUUCCUUCCCAGACUGAGAGGACUUACACCAUCAGAGGCGAUGAGAUGUGAGUGAGCUAUGCCUUGUGGAAAUGGACAGACUUUAUCCAAGCGAAAACAUGGCGUCUGCGUCCCGAGGUUUAGCUUCUUUUCCAGUCUGCUUGUGGCGCUCUGCUGCCUGGAGGCAUGGGGCUCCGGGCCGCAGGGGGACGGCGGCAGGAGUUGCAGCCCCUGUCCCGUUAACUGCAGCUGCACGCUGGCGGGGCCCCAGCCGUCCUGCGUCGUCAACUGCUCCAACAUCGGGCUGGAGAGGGCCCCAGCAGCGGCGGACAUCCCGCUGGCCACCAACGUGCUAGAUCUUUCCAAGAACCACAUCUCUUCACUUGAUACCAGCCUGCUAGAUCGUGUCACUGGUCUCCGAGAGCUGUAUCUCCAAGGGAACAGGAUCAAUGUUCUCCCCAGAGGCGUAUUCUGCUGUGGGCCGCUGUCAAUCCUCGAUUUGAGCAACAACCAAAUCACCACCAUAGAAGAAAGAAUAUGCGACAAUCUAUGCAAUUUAACUCAAAUUGAUCUGAGCAGUAACCCCUUCGAGUGUGACUGUAAGCUGUUCCGGCUGGUUAGCUGGCUCCAGGAGAAAGGGGUGCGAGUUCGACGCCCGGACGCCAUGCUCUGCAAGCAUCCUCCUGAGCUCCGCCACCAACCCCUGCUCAACGUCAGCCUGCUCACCUGUGGUCUGAACUAUGCAGCUUGUCUUGAGGACAGCAGCAGUGGAGGAGGGGGACGGAGCGAGCUAGUUAUCUUCUCCUCCUCUACACCCGGAAACUUCACGCGUGAACAGUGUAACAGUGUGUGUUUUGCUGCAUCACACCCCUACGGGGGUUUGGGGGCAAGGCACGAGUGUCUCUGCAGCACAAACUCAAGGCCGAAUUUCAUCAGCGAAUCUCAGUGCUCUGCUGCCUGUACAAAGCCCCAUGUUAUGAAGGAGUGUGGGUGGACUCUGGCUCAGGAUGUGUUUGUGGUGGACUUCUCGGUCUCACUGAAGCCUCUCCCUCUGCAAAGCGUUCAUGACAGCAUUAGUUUCUCCGCCUCCUCCUCUGUCACUCCGGUGACACUGUCCUGGGACUUUGGUGACGUUUCAUCUCGGGUCAACACUACAGGAAGAGGGCUCACCACAGCACCUCACAAAUAUGGACUUCCAGGACAUUAUGCGGUCAGUUUGUUGGCCUGGGCUGGAAACAAGGAGGUCUCUGCACGCGGAGAAGUGGACGUGACACUUCCUCCCAGACUGGAGCUGCACUGUCCCCGUCUUGCAGUGGCCAAUAAGAGCCUAGAGUUCACGCUUGUCAGCUGGGGCGCUGUUGAUGUGAAUGUAGACUGGUCGAUCACAAAGGAUGGCGUCCAAGUUGCCAAAGCCUCCCCUCACUGUCCAAGGGAUGGAGUGUACUACACCGAGUCCUCACACUGUUUCCAGAUCGUUCCAGGGGAGCUGAGCUGGACAGAUGCUCGACAACAGUGUUUAGACCGUGGCGGGGAUCUGGCAAUAGUCAGGAGUGACACGCUGCGUAACCUGCUGGCUCCCAAAGUCACACAGGAACGAGGCGUGUGGCUGGGUUUGAGUGAUGUCGACUCUCCAGGCAGGCUGCGCUGGGUGAACGGCUCAGAGGCACAGGAGGGAGAGGCGGGCCUGGCACCUCGCUCCCCGAUCCCCCGCGGAAACGUGUGCGUGUCCCUUGAUCAGCGCUGUCAGACCAGUUCACACCCAUGCACUGCCAGGCGGGCCUUUGUCUGCCAAUACAGCCCCCAAGUGCGUGUUCCAGAUGCUGGCCUCUACAUGGUGGGCCUGGCUGUGUUUCCCUCCCAUAAACAUUUGCACCGCGCCCCAUCCGCUCCGUCCUCCACUCCACAACCUCCCAGCGGUGGCAUAGAAGUGCUGUUGUUCCCAGCUAUGAGCUUUGUUCAGCCAGGUCGUCUGUCCUCCCUAGAGUUCGUCACUCAGGACCUCAGUUCACAAAUCCACGUUCGAUUCCAGACGUACAGACCUCACUGCCAUCAUCCCGGCCUGCACCUGCUGCUGCCCAGUUGUGGAGGUCCCGCGUGUUCUCCGGUGGCUGUUUGUGUGCCUAAUGACACCAGGAGCAGUGAUCCACCCUCUUGCCCCCGACUAGAGCAGUGGUGUCCCUUCCAGCGCAGUUGCCUGCCCUUGUCUAGUCCCUGCCAACCAUCUUCCUGUCCUAACUGCACCCAGGCUCACCGCCUGCCCCCUGGGGUGCUGAGGCCCCGAUACACCCUUCAGAAAGAGGUGGUCUUCACUCUGUCAGCAGGACAAGCUGCACACAUACUGGUACAAGAACAAUUGGAGGAUCUCCUGGUCUCCCGUGGUGAUGUCAUCGCCCUGCAACAUGAUGCCGGCCCUGCCUCCCUUCUCCACUGCCAAUCCUCCCCACACUCACUGUGGCGACAACCUGUUUUAGCCCUCAACCAAUCAGAGUGGUUCUGGACCAACAACACCAGACAGUCAACAGACUCCUCCGCUCACCACAACGCUGACCCUCUGCCAGACCCAGAGCUUGACGUGAAGGCCCUGGUGGAGGAUGGCGAGGGAGGUUGGCUGGAGGAAGUAGUUUGCCCCGUCAGAGUGCUCUAUGUGGGCCACAGUGAGACUCAGCUGCAGGGAGCACAGCUGUCUGCUGGUCUACCCCAGCCCGGACUCUACAGCCUGCUGGUAACUUCAGCUGAGCCAUCAUACCGGGCCUCAGCAUCGUGCCCGUUGCAGGUGGUGCCUCCUCUGGGCUUGACGAUCCUCCACCCCCCUACCCGGAAUGGCACCCUCUACAUGCAACCCAACGACACCCGGCUGCUGCUCCGUGUCCAGUCUCGCUACUCGACAAAUGCCUCUCGGCGGGGCAGUAAUUGCACUGUGACAUUUCAGAGCCACUGUCCCCCAGAGUUUUCUUCCCGCCCAGUGCUCUGUCAGCCCGGGCCAAGCUCAGGGUCCAGGGUCGAGGUUGCAGAGCCAAGCCUGUAUGCAGUGCUGGAUCUGAGCCUGGGGAUGGAGGAGCGAAGGAGCCCAGUGCAGGUGGAGCUGGAGGCCCACAAUAGUGCGACGGAGGCCAGCCUGUCUGUGGUCGUCCAACUUGAAGAGCCACUCAGAGGACUGGUGGUGCAGCCGCACCCUGCACACAGAGUUCUGAUGGAGUCAGUCGUGAGCUACACAUCUUCAGUGCUUGAAGGUUCUAAUCCCACAUUUAAAUGGACAGUGGAUGACAAGCCCUACUUCACCUAUUACAACACUGUCCUCAAUGUCAUCUACCAGCAUGCUGCCAUCUACAAGCUCACAGUGACAGCCAUGAACCAUGUCAGCACCCUCACAGAGCAUUUCAACGUGACUGUGGACCGGCUGCAGCCCAUGGCCAACCUCACAGUAAAGGGUGUGCCAGAUGUGGUCCCUCAGGGCUCCACUCAGACUCUCACCACCUCUGUGCUCGUCGACAUGUCUGUGGCUGCCACUUUCCGAUGGUCUUUUGGUGACGGUGGAUAUAAAGAGUUUGAAUACAAGCCUCCCUACCCCCCCUCCCUCCUCUGCCCUGAGUCACCCAAUCAGGUCCUCCUAAGUAACAAUGUCACCUAUAUCUACUCUCAGCCAGGGAUAUACACAGCACUGGUGUCAGUGUCCAAUCGUUAUGAGAACAUCAGUCAUAGCAUCAACAUGAGCGUCUACAGCAUCCUCACUCAUGUUGAUAUACAAACAGAGCCACGACUCCUCCUCACUGGCAAAUCAGCUGAUUUUGAGGCUCACCCUCUGCCCUCACCCUAUGGCAUCCACUAUGACUGGCACUUUGGAGAUGGUACUGCCCCGCUGCAAGGACGCCGCGUGGCACACACCUAUGCACAGAGUGGGGUCUUUAAUAUCUGUGUAUCUGUAAACAACACCAUCAGUUCUACGGAGGUUUGUGCCGAGAUAUUUGUACAUGAGGAGAUAGAAGAUUUAACUGCUGAAAGCUCCUCUCCUACAGAGCUUCACAGUCCUACGACUGUAUGGGCACGCCUUGCAUCAGGUAACAACAUCACAUGGACAUUCUCCAUGGGCGAUGGGACCAUCUACACACCAUCUGAACCUCAUGUGUCACACAGUUAUAUCAAAGAUGGCAACUACACAGUGAAUGUGACUGCCGCGAAUGCUGUGAGCUCUGGCUGGAAAAACCUAACAGUGCAGGUGUUUGUCUUCCAAGUUGUGAGGAUGGAGCCAUCCGGAUGUGUCAAAGAACAGACCCCUGUCAACUUCCAGGCUUGGGUGUCUGGUAACGCAUCGGCUCAUCUUUAUGAAUGGAGCUUCGGGGACGGAAGCCCCAACGAGACACACCGAGGCAACCCCAGAGUGUCGCACACCUACUGGACAAGUGGGAACUACCACCUCUCUCUGCUUCUUUCCAGCGGGGUAAACAAAGCCACCAAGGCCAACUUCUUCAAUUGGGUGUGUGUGCAGCCAUCUUUAACCAACAUCACCAUUACACUUGAGAAAUCACACUACGCUGUCGGGGAGGAGAUCCAGUUCCAGGCCAGAGCUGAGCCUGAAUUUAACUACAGCUAUCAGUGGGACUUUGGUAGAGAGGAAGACCUUGUGCUCAUGCGUGGUUCUGGAAAUAUUGUGACAAAGUAUAAAACCCCAGGUCAUUACAUGGUGACAGUCACUGUCUUCAAUAACAUCUCCACCAGCAACACCAGUGUUGUGAUUGAGGUUCUGAUGCCCAUAGGACCAAUUGUUAUUCAACAUAAUGGCACUAAGUAUAAUAACCUGACCUAUGGAGCCCCAUAUGCUUUCACAACAUCUUCCUUGGCUUCCAAUGUCACAUACGUCUGGAACUUUGGAGUUGGAAAUGUGCUUACAGGCCAGAAUAUCGUCCACACCUACAACACCUCGGGAAGCUACAAUAUUACACUGACAGCAGCCAACACAGUUAGCAGGAAUCACACUACUUUACCUGUUGCUGUGCUUUCACCAAUAUGUGGGUUGACAGUCAACGCCAGCUUGGUAAAUGUCCCUCUCAAUGCCUCAGUCCACUUUGAGGCCCAAAUGGAGGCGGGAGAUGGUGUCCGAUACUCUUGGAUCUUGUGUGACCGCUGCACCCCAAUCCUAGGGACCCACACUAUGUUCUACACGUUCCGCUCUGUUGGCACUUUUAACAUCAUUGUGACCGCGGAGAACGACGUAGGAACGGCACAAGCGAGUAUCUUCUUGUUUGUCCAACGUGAGCUAGAGGGGCUGCAGAUUUUAGCAGUGGAGGAGGCAGGUAGAGGCACGGGUUUGGAAGGUUGCUGCUUUGCUACAAACCGCAUUCUCCACCUUCAAGCAGGAUUAAAGGAAGGAACCAACAUGACGUUUACUUGGAACCUCAUCAGAGAGCUAGACCCCGUCAGCUCCAGCUUCAACGUAAGCGGGAAGACAGUGGAGGUGAAUUUCUCUACACCAGGCCCAUGUGACAUCUUUCUCCAGGCAGCCAACCUCCUGGGCCAGCUGUCCGUCAACAGAACCAUCCACUUCCUGCAACCAGCUGGAGGGGUGCAGCUGCAGACCAGCGACAACCCAGUUGCAGUCAAUGCUCCAACUAACCUAACAGUACUGACUACUGAAGGUUCAGACCUGCAAUACCGCUGGUCUGUGAAUGGGGAUGCUCUGCAGUGGGACAAGCCCUGGAAGACCCACUCCUUCAUCAGUGCUGGCCUAAAACAAGUUAGCGUGGAGGUCUUCAAUGAAGUUAGCUCAGAGGUUGUGUCAAAGGUUGUCAGUGUCCAGGAAGUAAUUUCUGGGCUAAGGUUCACAGCUACCAAUGUGACAGAUCAGAGUUAUGUAGCAACAGGCGUCAACGUCUUGCUGCAGGGGGAGGUACUGACAGGAACUGAUGUGACUUGGACAUGGCUGUUGAAUGGAAGAACAGAAACAGGAAGAAAAACUUCUUUGAUUUUCCAGGAGCCAAAAACAGCCAUCGUUACUCUGAAUGCCACCAACGAUGUCAGCGGGCAAGUGGUUUCCAGAGAGUUUUUUGUUCAGGACAAGAUUCAGGGGUUGGAGCUGAGGGCAAGUAAAAAUAUCGUUGCAGUCGGUGAGAAGGUGGAGUUCACCAUUUCUAUGGCAGCGGGCUCGGACGUUUGUCUCAUCCUCAGCAUCAGUGGAGAUGCGACUGUUAUCCCUCAACCUAACCAAACCUACAUCCACAUAUUCAGCAGGGUUGACAAGUACAUGGUGAAUCUCACAGCUCACAACCAGGUGAAUUCCAAGAGGCGGCACUUACACAUCGAGGUGAUGGAGCCGAUUCGUGGACUUUCCAUCCUGGAAAGCUGCAAAGCAAUCUCUGUAGGCGUAAAGAAAUUAUUUGUGGCUAACAUCUUGACAGGCAGACCUGUUAGUUUUCUGUGGACUUUUGAUGUGGACCACCUUCACCAGACAUCCCAUAUGGGCAAAGAGGUGUCCUACACGCCAGGAGUCGCAGGUUUAUUAACCAUUUACCUGAGGGCCUUCAACGCACUGCAUGGUCAGAACAUCACCAAGUACAUCCUGGUUCAGAACCGGCUGACGUAUGCUGAACUGUAUGCAGAGCCUCGGGACACUUUCAUCAAUAAGACAGUGACCCUGAUGGCCUCUGUCACACCCAGUCACACUAAAUCUAACCCUGUGGAGUGCUUGUGGGACUUUGGUGAUGGUUCUACUCCAGUUAACACCAACAUCACAACUGUGGGUUAUGAGUACAGACACCCAGGACACUACCUGGUCCAAGUGAACUGCAGUAACCUGGUGAGCUGGGUGUUGGCCCAGGUGGAGGUAAACAUUAGUGUCUUAGAGUGUGAGGAGCCUGAAGUGCAGGUGGUUCAACCCCGCCUGGCCAUCUGGCGCUCUCAGCCCACUUUGGUGGAGGCCAGGGUAGACCUGAAAGGCUGCCUACGCUACGGAGCUCAGUACCUUUGGCAGAUACUCUCAACACCCUACUGUGAUAAUGACAAAGACCACCAUCUUCCCUCUGGGGUUGUGACUCAGCCCUCCCAGGCUUUGCCAGUCCCAAUAAUUCGCCUGCCUUUGGAGGUGGAUGUGCAGCGGCUGCAGCUGUCAUUGCCAAAGAUGGUUCUGGCAGCAGGGAACUACACCUUGGUGUUUUCUCUGUCAUAUAAAGGCGUGCCACUAAGGAAGGCAGCCUGUCUACAGCUCAGUGUCAUGGCUGCCAGGCUGAUGCCCAUCAUAGAAGGGGGGACCUACAGGGUGUGGUCAAGGACCCAGGACCUGCAGCUCAGUGCGGAGCAGUCCUACGACCCCAACAUGGACCCAGACAGCCAGUCACUACUCCAUUACCACUGGGAAUGUCAAAGCACUUCGAAGGGUGCUGAGCACUGCUCCAGCCUGAACUUUGGCCUGGGCUGUAGUGAUCCGGUGCUGGGAAUCUCCGGCUCCGAGCUGGAGGCCGGCGUUGAGUACACUUUCAGACUGACCAUCAGCAAAGAUGGCAUGGCGCCAGAGUCCACGACACAGACUGUGCUUGUCCAGAGUGGCCAUAUUCCCAUGGUGUAUCUGGAGUGUGUGUCCUGUAAGGCCCAGUCCAUCUAUGAGGUCAGCCAGAACUCGUAUGUCUACCUCAGAGGAACCUGCACCAACUGCCAGGGCUUUCAUCGUGGGCGUUGGAGUGCCAUGACGCUGCAGAACAAGACUCUGGUCCUAGACUCCUCCUCCACCACCACAGGAAGUGAUGGCAUGAACCUGGUGCUGCGGCAGGGUGUCUUGCGCCACGGAGAAUCCUACAUCUUUACCCUGCACGUGACCGACAGCAGUCUGGAUGGCGAGGGCGCCGCCUCCAUCACUCUGCGGCACAAUAUGCCCCCGGAUGGGGGGAAGUGUCAGCUGAGAGUGGGAGAUGGAGACGGUGAAGGCUGGAGGAUACGCACACUGUUGGACCGGCUGCACUUCAUCUGCUCAGGCUACAGUGAUCUAGGCGUCUCAGAGACUCCUUUGCUCUACAGCCUACUGGUGACACGCUGCAGAGAGGACUACUGUGAGGACUUCUGUGUGUACAAAGGCAGCAGCCCGGAGCACUCAGCCUUCCUGCCUCCAGGCUUCAGCUCAUCCCAUCACCUUGUAACUGUUACCAUCACAGUUGAGGACCACCAGGGAGCUGCCAUCACUGCAUUUAACAAUUCCAUUGAGGUUGUGCUGCCAGAUCCGCCCCCUGAAUACAGCAGCCUUCCCCAUUGGCUGUCUGAGCUGACAGACAGCGAACUCAAAAAGCUGUUGGAGCAAGGAGACUCCCAGAGGGUCAGAGAGUUAUCAUUGGCUCUUAUUACAGUCCUAAAUGAGUAUGAGCAGACCAGGGAGUCAGUGCGGGUGUCCCAACAUGAGCGCAGUUACCGGGUCAGAGUCCGCAGCAACAUCACCAGAGCUCUGACUGCUCUAGACCUCAACACCGUUAACGACAUCCAGCAGACCUCCGCUGCUUUGGCUCAGUGCACGGCGGGUAGUCGAGAGUUUAUCUGUGAAGAGUGUCAGAACAGCACUCUGAACAAGCUGGAGUCCAUGCUUGAGAUACUGCAAAGUGACACCAAGCAGGGCACUGUCACGCCCACUGAGAUAGCUGACAACAUCUUGAACAUCAUGGGUGAUCUGAUCCAUCAGGUCAGCCAGUCAGCAUCCCAGUCUUACCUCCAGCCCGCCUACGUGGAUUCCCCCUCACCCCACUUCACCCCCUCUUUUUCCUCCACUGGUGAGGAGCAAGGAGGCAUGCUGUUAGAACCCCCUCCCUCCUCACUGGAGCAACACCCUCUGCGAGUGGCGGCCAAGGCUUACAGCCUGUCCUCAGUCCUCAUGCUGAUCCUCAUGCACGCCCGUGUGCUCAAUGAGGAGCCGCUUGUGCUGAGGGGAGCCGAGAUCGCUGCCACGGGAAAACUGGCAGACCCCCAAAGCCUGCUCUGCUACCAUGACAACAGCAGUCCAGAGUGCCAGCGGUUCUCCAUUCCCCGAGCUUUCAACAACAGUCUUGGCAUAGCCGCUGCAGGAAACAGCAUCAUGCAGCUUCUGUUCCAGGUGGAGUCGAACCCUUUCCCCUUCAACUAUGUGGCAAACUAUACCGUCUCUACCGAAGUGGCGUCCAUGGAGUUCCGCACUGAAAAUGGCACCCAGAUUCCCAUCUCCGGACUGGACGAUAGUCUAGCCAUCACUGUAGCCAUUAACAAUGGAAGUGGUGGAGCGGAAGCAGGUCCUGAGGGUUCUGGUACCGGAGGGGUCCCCACAGCUGGAGCUGUUAACAUCAGCUACUGCGACUCCGUCAUCGUCAGGGUCAGCGCAGGAAACACCAACAGACAGGCAGGGCUGUUUGUGCAGCUCAACUUCACCUCCCUGGAAGACACCAGAGAGAAGGACAAAAGACAAAAGGACAUGGAGGAGCCAUACAUCACAGCCUACCUUCAUUUACAUGACAGACCCAAUGAGUUCAACUGCACAGACAAGAAAUAUAUCCAACUCCGUAUGACCAGGGGGCAAGAUCUUGACCACAGGAAAUAUACCUUCUUCCUGUCGCCAGAGUCGUACGACACUACUCUGGACUACUUUAUCAACGUGAGCACGGCCUGCAGCCCCGGUGGGCGCCCUGUGGGCGUUCAUCUGGAGGUCGGGGUGUUUGCCUCUUUGUGUCAGUACUUCAGUGAGAGUGAGAAGCAGUGGCGGACAGAUGGUAUGGUGCCCCUGGCAGAAACCAACGCCAGCAGAGCUGUUUGUCGCACCAGGCACCUCACAGCCUUCGCAGCAGGCCUGUUUGUACCUGCCAAUGCCAUCAGCUUUAAAGUGCCGGAGCGUUCUGGUGCACCAAGCCUGGUUGUGCUGUUGGUGUGCGUGUUGGGCUUACUUAGCUAUGUUGUGGCAGCAGCCAUCUUGCACAAGUUGGACCAGCUGGAUCUCCGCCGGGCUGGUGUGGUUCCACUCUGCGGCCGAGACGGACUCUUCAAGUACGAGAUCCAGGUCAAGACUGGUUGGAGCCGAGGGGCAGGCACCACGGCUCAUGUGGGAAUCAGUUUGUAUGGACGUGAGAGCCGCAGUGGACAUCGGCAUCUUGACAGCAGAGGAGCUUUCACACGCAACACUCUUGACAUCUUUCAUAUUGCCACGGAUACCAGCCUGGGCAGUGUCUGGAAAAUACGGAUUUGGCACGACAACAAGGGUCUUUCCCCAGCGUGGAUGCUACAGUACGUCUUGGUCAAAGACUUGCAGACGGGAAGUAGCUACUACUUCCUGGUUGAGGAGUGGCUGUCAGUCGACAAUGAGAGAACUGACGGACGGGUAGAGAUUGAGGUGGAGGCCUCAGAGGAGGCUGCGCUUCUUCAGCGGUCCCGCCUCCUGCGUUGUGAGCUGCAGAGGGCGCUGUGUGAGAGUCAUCUGUGGUUGUCGCUGUGGGUUAGACCCCCCCGCAGCCCUUUCACCCGCCUGCAGAGAGCCACGUGCUGCGCUGUGUUACUGCAGCUCUUUGUGCUGGCCAACACACUUUGGUACAGCAUUGUGGUGGAUAAAAGAUACAGCCCGCGGGCCGUGUCGAGGCUUGCUUCAUUAAAUGGAGAGACUGUGACAGCAGGUGUUGUGACCUGUCUGAUCGUCUACCCUCUCUACCUGCUCGUCUUCACACUCUUCAGAAUGAGCCGCAGCAAGUGUGUGUCUGUUGAGCAGGUACCACCACAAGUGGACCAGGAGUCAGUGGAGAUUGAUGAUUUCCUGGACAACUCAAUGGCUGGAAGUUCCUUCCUCUUUUUUAAUGGCGAGACCAACUCUGAAGAAACCAAUGUGGAUUUGCCCACACCGUCAACCAAAAGCGUGGAGAGUUGGGGCAUGGCGGAGGAGGAAAUGGAGGACAGGGAUUGGCCGGAGCUGUUGAGUGAUGUGUCUGUGGUGGGAGGGGCAGGGCAUGGGGCAGGGCUGCCAAGGCUGAAGAGGGGUCAGGGGAGCCGCCACCUGGGCGUCGACAUGACCUUUAACCCUGACGACGAGGAGGGAAUUGACCAACGUAACAAAUAUUUCACCUCCUCAGACGAGGAUCUGAUCAAACACAUCCUGACAGAUGGACAGAACUUCUUUCCUCAGGCAGAUGAAAGUGAGAUGGCUGACCUGUCGAGCAUUUUUGGAGAUAAGACAGAGGUGAUUCUCCUCCAGAAGCUGAAUGAUCCUCUUCCUCUAGAAUCUGUGAGAAGAGACCCACCGAAAACUGCUUUCACCUCAAAUACAGUUGUGACAGACGUGUGUCGUCCCAGACGGUUUCCUCCCUGGUGUGGACGUGCCGCCCUAUGGGGCAGCUGGGCAGGGAUCGCUCUGGCUAGUAGUGUUUCGAUUUGGGCGGGCCUUGGGUUCAGUCAAAAGGUGGCCAUGAUGUGGCUCAUCUCCUGUUUUGCCAGUUUCCUGUGCUCCUUCCUGAUGUUGGAGCCGAUUAAGGUGUUUUGUGAGGCAGUUUACUAUGCAGUGUGUGUGCUUCGCCUGCGUCCAGAGGACCAGGAUGUGCUGGUAGAGUUUCCCCGUGUGGAGAGAGUGGUCCAACGGGUCCCCCGGGUGAGACCACCACAAGGCUUUGCUCUGUCUCAGGCUCAACACCAGGCCCGCAAGGUCCACAUGCUGCACACCAUGCUGAAGAAUUUCCUGGUUUACAUGUUUUUCCUGUUGGUGGUUUUGCUUCUCAACUACUCUGACUCAGCCAAAGACACACACAGCCUGAGACUGCGUACUCAGCUGCAGCGAGCACUACACACUCCUGAGUACCACAACAUCAGCAGCCGAGAUGACGUUCUCAUGUGGCUGAACAAGUCUCUGUUGCCACGGCUACUGGAUGACUCCGCCCUCUUGAGAGACACAGGAAGUGUGUUACUCGGCACACUGAGGCUCCGUCAAAUCCGUGACACUCGGGUUGCAGGUGAUUCCAGGGUAGGAGACAGUGUUUGGGGAAAGAGCUGGGAUACAUCUCUAACUGAAGACAAAGAGAAUUUUGCUGCUUUCGGAGCCAGCGAUAAAAACUGGGUGUGGAGGUCAGUUCAGAUGGGAGAUGUUGUCCACCAGCUGAACAGAAGCCUGGAGGAGGCCUCUUCUUCCUUACAGCAGCUGCAGCAGCUGCAUUGGCUCGACUACAGGACCCGCGCUGUGUUUGUGGAGUUCUCGCUGUACAACAUCAACACAAACCUCCUGGCUGUCUUCUCCUUCCUGUUUGAGUUUCCAGUUUCGGAGCAUGCCCAGUCCAGCCUUGACCUCCUUGUCACCACUCUGUGGCCACUCACAGGACUGGACCUGCAGCUCCUUCUAAUGGUGGUCCUCCUUGCCCUGGUGUUGUAUUUCCUGGUGCGGGGGAUCAUGGGCUUCCUCAGAGAAGGCUACACAUACUUGCUGUCAGCCUGGAGGUUCCUGGGUAUCUGCAAACUGGGUCUGGCAGCGUCCGUGUGUGGGAUGCACCUGAGCCGCUGCACCAUGGCCACGCAGCAGUGGGCGUCAUACCUGAAGCACCCGCAGGACACCUUCACAGACUUCUACCCCCUGGCCAGACAGAGUCAGAUAUAUACAGUCAUGUCUGCCCUGCUGUUGUUCAUACUGGUGCUCAAGGCAUCCCACCAGUUGCGGUUUCUCAGAGAGUGGGCCGUGUUCGGCAGAGCUCUGCGGCGCUCAGUCUGGGAGCUGCUGGGCGUCGCUCUGGCAUUACUGCUGUUGAUGCUGGCUUACUCACACACAGGACACCUGCUCUUCUACUCUGUAUUGGACAGCUAUGGCAGCGUGAGCUCUGCCUGCUUGUCUUUGCUGGGUGCUGCUGCCGGACGUGGUCUGCGGUCAUGGCAUCCUAGCUGGAUGACCACUGGCCCUUCUAGCACCCUCUCCUUGCUGGUGUUCCACGCCAGCUUCGCCGUUCUACGGCUGGUGUUGCUAUGGUUGGUUACUUCUGUGUUACUGAGGAACUACCGUCGCGCACGAGCAGAGCUGUACCGUCCAGCUGUGGAUCUCCAAGACUACGAGAUGGUCGAGCUGUUUCUCAGACGACUCAAAAUGUGGAUGGGACUUAGCAGGACCAAGGAGUUUCGUCACAAGGUGCGUUUUGAGGGCAUGGAGAUGCCACCCUCCCGUUCGUCCUCCACCAGCGACUGUAAGUCCCUGUGCUUGCCACCUUUGGACGGUCCUGAUUCCCCUCCUACCCCAGACAGCGUUGAUGCAGGUUCUGAGGCCUCGUGGCGCCCGGCCUCCUCCAGCCCCUGUAGCCUGACAGAAGCCCCGGGGAUCGGCCUGGGACUCGGCCUGGGCCUGGGUUUGGGGCUCGGCCCAGGAGUGGUGAUGGGAAGUACCAGCUGGAGGGAGAGAGCAGAGACCGAAGCCUCUCUGAGGAGGCUCCUCCCCACCCUGGACGCCCUGCUGCAACAGCUUGACCGUGUCACCAUGGCAACAGAGGAUCUGUACCACAUCGAGUGUAGACUGGAGCGAGCUCAGAGGAAAAGGAGGCGGAGAGGGAGAGAGAGAGGAGGUGGGGGCCAGGGAGGGAGGAGCAAGUCAGGGCAGAGAGGGAAGGGGGAGGACAAGGACUCUGCUGGAUGGAGAGAACGAAAGAGUGGCAAAGAAAAACACAAAGGGAGCAAAAAGGGGGAAAAGACAGAUAAGAGUGAACUUCCGAAGGACUGUGGAAACACCAGAAAGACUCCAGUAGUCACACCUGUUCCCUUCUUAAAGCCCAGACCAGCCUCUGCCACUACUCAUACUCCUCAGUCAUCAGCCAAACCUUCAGCCAGUGCACCCCCUCCUACACCAGUCACCGAUAAAUCUGCCUCUGACCCCUCCUGUAUCCCCAUCUCAUCGGCUAACACUCCCUCUUCCCAUGUCUCACUGCCUAAAACUCCCACUGCACCUCAAUGUACCCCUGCACAAAUCCCUUCCUUGCCAUCUACCCCUGCCCCUGCAACCAUUAGCCGGGACUGGGACCCCCCCACAGAGAGAGAGGCCCUCCCCUCCUCCAGCCUGUUCAACCACCCAGCUCACACUACCACCAUUCCUACACGCAAGCGAAAACGCAAACCCCCACCCCUCAAAAACAAGGUGCACCCCAACCUAGACAGGCACGGCCCUGGACACCCCAAAUCCUGAGGAAUCAUAGAUGGAUGAACAGAAGUGAAAGGUGGAGCAAAAGAAUGCAAGACUAAAUGUCAGGUUAAGGACGAGAGGAGGACGGGGGCAGCAGGUUUUGUCCCCAGGUGCCCCCUCGCUAAACCCUGAAAAAGGAGGGAAAAUAGUGGACGGGACGGUAAUAGGAUGAAGCACAGGAGGGAAACAAGAAGAAUCUCAGAAACGAGCAGUUUGAGGUAUUGAAAGAUGAAAGAUGAACAGAAAGCAUUAAAAUAAGACUUUACAGGUUUAUAAAGCAGUGAUCCGUCCAAAAGUCCCUGCUCAGUUCUCUCAGAAACAAGGUGCAGGUCACCAGAUGCUAACUGAGCUGGGUUUAGUCAGCUAAGUAAAGUCAUUUCCCCCGGACUAAAACUGACCCCUGAUCCCACGUGACCCUGGAGGUCACAUGGGAUCACUGACAGGAGCACAUAAGCGUGCUCACCUGAGGACAUAACGAACUGAAAGCAGACAAUGCAGUUAGUCUUUUUGUGUAUCAGAAAAUUGGGUUGAUUUCUCAGUUAUGAUGUCUGUCUACAUAUUUUUAUAUUUCGGUCACCAUGGGUACUUUGGGCCUGUCUGAAAAUAGUCAUGUUUUAUGAACCCAAAUUUGCAUGCAGGCACACACAGAUACAUGCACAUGCAGGUACACACAUGCAUACAAAUAACACUGUAGGCACAGACAAUUGGAGAGUGCUGAACAUUUCAGAGGUAUGAGAGAAAACAAAAUGAUACACACGCGCACACACACACACACACACACACACACACACACACACGGUUGUUGGGAUCCCAGCAGCCAGUUCUUCAGGGUGCAGAUACAACCAUCCUCUCUACUGGUCAAGUGUGGAGAAAUUAAAAAAUAAAGGGAAGCCACACGUAGCGACAAGAACGAAGUGUAGCAAGUGUGAGCAGAACAACGCAGACCAAAGUAGCGUUUACAAGAGGGAAAGAAGAAGACGCCUACGACGAUGCUCAGUGGAGACGUUUGGUUGUAGGUAAAAGAUGAGGAAACAAGAAGGAUUUGGAGUACUGAACAUUUACACACGUUUUCCCAUCAUAAAGCUAUAAUGUCUGAUUAUCUUUUAAAAAUGUUUAUUCCUGUGUUGUGUUCAAUAUGGUUGUGAUUUAAAAGCACUUUUGUUCUGAUGUAGACUGUUUUUUUUUUUGUUUGUUUUUUGUGGAGGCAUGGUGUAAAGUAAUAAGCUUGGUGUCGAAACCAAUAGAGAAAGCUUCACUCAUACUGUAUCUUAACUAUAAACGUUGCCAAAGCUUUUGCAUCAUUUAUGCAUUCUGAGUUUUACCAUGCCAAGUAAUUCAUUCAUUUUGUACUUUGCACUUUAUUUCCAAAUUGAGCUGAUAUUCAAUGCCGUAUUUAACUCUCGUGUCAAGUUUUCAUUUUGUAUGUUAGCAGCUACAUUAUAGAAAUGUCCUAGUAAGUAUUAUCAAGGUGUUGAAGCCAUGGCUAGCUGUUGUGUUUGUACUUUUGUCUGCUCUUGGUAGUGUUGUUAACUUUCCUGUUUUUUAUGUGUUAUUUUUGAUCAACAUACAAACUUCCUGUGUCCAGUGGGCAGAUCUCAGGGAACCCACCCUUUUCCCCAAAACCUGGAAAGACAAAACCAAAACUGGGGACAAAGACGGUGUUUUCAACAAUCUAAAUUAUAUUUUGUGGUUAAAGUUAGGGUAGGCAACGCUAGGCAAACUAGCUAGUUUUUGAAAGUAUCCAACUGAAAAAAUCCCACCCCCUCCUUUCAAAGCCACUCCACCAAAUAACAUUUUCAUGCACAGUUAGUGCACAGGCAGAGCGCGUGCAAGAAUAAUUGCGAUGUAAUGAUUGGCUGUGCUUAUUUAAGUCCUGCGACAGCCACAUAUUCUAGAUUUUUUUAAAUUUUGUGUUAGAGCAUUUGAUUUAUUGAUUGCUGUCAGGAUGAAAUAAAUUGCCUACCCCAGCUUUAAAUCAUGCCACUGACACUGACUUUCAGCCUGUUUUUGACUUCCUCUCCUUUGUUCUCUCAGCCAAACACAGGUAAGUUCUGUGUCAGCGCCCUGUUUUAAUGGCUUUUUAAAAGAUGAUGAAAAAAGGGCCAAUAGCGACAAGCAUACCCCACCGUUACACAGCAUGAAACAAAAUGCUAAGACCCUAAAUUAUUUUAUUUUGAAACAUUAUCUCACUUUUUUCCUGCCCUGUAAGUUGCAUAAGAACUCACAAGUUUCAUGAUCUCACAAAAAGCAAGAUCCCACUUCAACUGCUUGUGUAUAUUUCUGUAUAUAUUGGUGCUUUGUGGUGUAUAUAUUUUUGCUUUUCAUGAUCAGUAUUGUUUAUGUGCUGCAGUGGCAUAUGCAUAGGUCAAGCACUGGUGUUGCAAACCCCAAAGUUUUACAUUUCCCCAGACUAACUGAAGCACUACAGCCAAAGCUAUUAAUUUAAUAUAAAUCUUUGUUCACAAUACGCCAAUUACAAAACCACAGGAAGCUCAGCAGUCAACCGUUCCGCUGGCCUUCAUAUUCCUGCUCUGUGUACAGUGUGUAGCAAGAUAGUGGCAAAGCCCACCUACUUGUCUUCCAGCUUGUCUUUGCAUUGUAUGAAGCAUUUUGUUUUUAAACUGUGUUACAAAUUUGUCUUCUUUGUAUUGCGUAUCUGUAUUUUGCAGUUGUAGCACUUCUCAUGCUUUUGCACUUGACAAAGUCGAAUAAAGAGUUUGACAGCUGAACUGUGCAUAACAAAA